AUGCCUCCCAAGAAGUCCACCGCUGCCGAGGGCGAGAACGCUGUCCCCUCCCUCACGGACGCCGAGACCAAGUUCGUCAAGGCUGUUUUUGACAGCAUGAACACCCGCCCCGACAUCGAUUAUGACAACGUCGCUGGCAUUAUGGGCCUGGCCAAUGGCAAGAGCGCUAGAGAUCGCCUUCGUACGAUCUCCAAGAAGCAUGGCUGGUCCGCCACCGAUGGCACCAGUGCUGUCAGCCCUGCCAAGAAGCCUGCCGGAGUCAAGAAGACGCCCAUCAAGAAGAAGGGCAUCGCGCAGCGCAAGAAGAAGAGCAAGAAGAAUGAGUCUUCGGGCUCUGAAAUCGAUGAGGAUAUCUCGGGCAAGCUCGAGUCUGACACUGAUGGCGAAGCCGCUGCCAAGGCGGAGCUCAACAACCCCGACAGCGACUCCGACUGA